AUGCCCAAGAAGCGAACAGGCAAAGCGCUACUCAUCAAGCCAGGCUCGCAAGCAGCGUCGUCUGCUUCUUCAUCCCAACACGAUGACGCUUCAACCCGUCCAUCGGUAAAUGAUCUUAUCCGAGAGUCGCGUCGCUUGCAGUUGAGAGACCAGUCAGUACAUCCCACCUCCCUUUCCCCUGCUGCAUCUGUCCCGCCGGAAUUGAGGAAUGUCCUCGAUCUACCUACUCCAGAGGCCCCGCCACCACGGCCAGGAAUCAGGCGAUUCCGACCGUCUCCCACUGCUCAGCCAGAACGAGGGUCUGGUCGCACACGCAUCGUGCCUGGACCGUCGCCGCCCAGAAGCUGGCUGAUUCAUAGCAGACAUCGUCCUCGCGAUGUAGCAAUUCAACAGGUUAUGCGACGUAUUGAUAAUCCUGUCGAACUUCCGGGUGCAUUUUUUCCCAGCCAGCCAUCUCUGUUGGAUUCGACGUUGAGAGAACUCGCUCAGAACUGGGACUAUCACGCCGCUUACGACGGUACAUACUUGCAGGAUGUUCCCAUCAAGCUACGUGAGGUACUGCUCACUUACAUUGCCAUCUUCAAUGACAAGAUCACGAACAAUCCGCUACGCAUCCUCUUCGAUCCGCGAAUAGCCGACGGCAACGCGCUACUAGACGGUGACAGAAGCGGAAUGAUCAGGAGCGAUACUUCAGAAGUCACUCGCCUGGACGCUUCCGGCUUUCUGGAGGACGGUGCCCGUCUGCGACAAAUCGAAAAUAGCCUGUUGACGAGCGUGCAGAACAAGCCUGCGGAAGAUGAUAAAGCCGACUUUGUGCCCGAUGCCUGGGAUGCAGAGGACUCUCGACUUCCGCCGCCACAGCCUGGCCUGAAGUUCGUCAACCUCAAGCACCUCUCCCUUGCUUUGAACCCCGCGACCGGCGAUAAGACGUAUACGACAGCAUCCUGGAAGACACUACUGCGGCUCUGCGGGCACUUGUCCACACUCGAGUCACUUUCUCUCGCUCACUGGCCUCAACCAACCUAUACAUCGAUCGCUGCACAAACAAACGCUCGCAUUGAGAUCACCAAUUCCACGUCCAGCGCUCCUCGAGUGAGCUUCGGCGGGACAAACAUGUAUUCCCGUCUCGACAACGACUUUCGCGAAUCCGCGGGCAUUCUCCGAUCGCUCUCACAAAAGUUGCACAGCUUGACCUGGCUGGAUCUGACGGGCUGCACAGACUGGUGGGAAGCCCUAUACUGGCGACCUCCAGCGGGUGCAGCAGCAGAAGUCGAUGCACCGUUCGUUGAUGAUGACACGAGUUUCAUUGCCACAAGAGCCGGAUCUUUCAUUUCCACAAGAGCUGGAUCGAGCGGAAGAUGCAAUUAUGCGCCUGAUUGGAACGGCGCCUGGCGAUCCAUAACCUACAUCUCACUCCGCGUUGGCUAUACUCUGGUCGAAGAGGAGCAGCCAGAUUGGACAGCUUCUGAAAAGGAACAUUUGGCUGAUUACGCUUGGCAGAUGGCGCUCCAGAAUGAGAAGCAGACAUUAGAGAAGCUGAAGGCACGGCAGCAAGAGGUCACCGCGGUCUUGCGGACGAUCAGACGGGGAGCUGAAGGAUCGCCUGGGAAGUGGAUUGAGUUCGACGUAUGA